GGCGGACGAUGUCUCCCAGUUAUGUCUGGUAGUGCCGCAGACGGGAUGAUAGGGUAGAAUAUGUUUUAAUGUGUACGUGCCUUCUCGUAGACACAAACAAUUAGUGCUAUCUCAUCUGCCGGUGUUAUCGCAGUCUGAUAAGAUAUGUCUUUAUAAACAUUUCGGUUCAACAUGUUUGCUGGCAUUUCGAACCCUUCCUGUACAGUAAUUCUGUUGUUAACAAUAAUUUCAUCGAUUGACGAAGUAACCUGCGAGGAUGGUUUUACCUUUGAUUUUCCGGAAAAUGUAGCUGCUGGCAUUACCGACAUUUCCCGGGAAAUCUGGGCACCCGGAGAGGUGACGGCAUUGGUUGGCAAAUUGUUCCAUUUCGUAUUGCCUAGGAAUUGCAACGGAACGCACGCGCAAGGAUUUGAGGUAAAGGCACUUACCGGCAAAUACCUCCCAUCGUGGCUUCACUUUGAUGCUAAAUCUGGGGUGUUCUUCGGAAUACCUUUGACGAAAGACAUAAAAACAUUAAGGCUUGCCAUCAAGCAAUUACCACAGAAACUACUAUGUCAAGAGUUGGUUAUAAGUAUAGUUAAAAACGAGCGACAGCUAGAUACAUGCUCGUCCAACGAAGACGUAACUUCACUAACGAUUCUUCUGGACAAAGAUUUGAACGCUAUUAAACCCAAACAAAGGGUAGCUGCUGUCAAUAACAUUGCCAAAUUUUUUGGAUUGCCAAUUGGUGCCUUUACACUCGAUGAACAACAUGAAAAAGAUGACAUUACCGAGAGUUCCAUCAUCUUGGCGGGUCCGGGAAAUGUUCAGAGUCGAUCGACAAAAAUCAAUUCCAUAAUAAGAGUCCAAGUCGGUUGCGACGGACGACUGUGGGAAUCGGUUAUUCCGCUUGUCCAUAAUUUAAAACAGCAGGCGAUAGAUGGCACUUUAUCCGAAGUUUUGGCGUUGCCAGUUAUUGGUUGGCGUAUCAGGACUGUUGCCCCUUUUAACUCUCGGAUAAGGAGAGAUACAAUUGACGAUUAUGGCAGUGGAGAUUAUGAUGCCGACUAUUAUGACGACGACUAUGAUGAUGAAAAUGAAGAUGAUGUUGAAUCCGUAAAACCCAGCAAAUUCACAACUUCUCCAACAAUUACAGAACGCAUCACUACCUUGGCGAUAACAACCACUCAUCCCCAUCGACAUCACCAUGGAGAAAUUAAACCAGAUGAUGAAUUUAGUAAUAUUUCGGUUAUCCAAAGUCAUCCGCUAUCAAGUUCCAGCAAAGACUCGUUUCAAGAAGAACUACCUUCAACUUUGCCAACCUCCACAUCGAGUACUAGCAUACCAUCAACACCAAUGUCUGAAAAAACCAAAAUUCCUAAACCUGAUGAGGCAUUGGAAUACGAUGAUAGUGACUAUGAUUGGGCUUAUGACAGUGAAGAUAAUGACGAUGAUCCAGCUGAAAGUGAAACUACCAUACCGAAGCUGGAAAGUAAAAUUACAGUUUCAAACCUUCCAGAAGAAACUAGUCCCUUUACUGAAAUUUCCGCAACUUCCACAACGAAACCGACAACCUUGGAGUUUAAGGAGGAAAUUGUGAACGAAACUGUAGAAAAAGCGAACCUAACUACCCCUGUUUUGGUUUUCCUACAGACAACUCCGGCAAAUGAAAAGCGAUAUUCCACUUCAUUUGAGAUCAUUGAUGAAACUGAGCCUCCCAUUAUUUUUACUGAGACUACUACUAGCAAUCCGACUACAAUAAUCACUUCUUCAGAAACUAUAAUUCCCUACAUUAGUUCCUCAAAUGCUGCAACAACUACUACUACAAGUACAACUACGACAACUACUCGUUCAACCACAGUACACUCUGUAGAAAAUGCUACAGAAAUUUUGGGAUCUAGCACAGAUUACACAACUACUUUAUACGAACCUACUGUGAAAUCCACAACAACAAGACAAGUAUCUUCAACUUCUAUUCCCAAAUGGACAACGGAAUUAUAUGUAACUGAAGUUAUAGAACCCGCCAAUAAAAUUCCUGCAAGAAACUACAGGCCGUACAUCGAAAAUCGGUUACAGUACUUGUCAGUAACCGCAGGGAAAAUAUUUAGAUUUGUUAUACCGAAGAAUACCUUCAAAGAUGCGGAGGACGGUUAUAACCUCACUUUGCAAGUGCUAGAUGGCAAGGAGCAACCGUUGCCAACAAACGCAUGGAUUCAAUUCAAUCCACUUAGGAAGGAAUUGUACGGACUUCCAUUAGCAGAAGAUGUAUCAAACUGGGUAUAUGUUGUUCGAGCCAGUGACAAGGAGGGUGACAAUGAACAAGAUCAGUUAACAAUACAAGUCCAGCAGCACAAAUUAGAGCGGGUAGUUAACCACGAAUUUUCUAUGAUCUUGAGAAUUGAAAAACCUCAAGAGUUUCCUCAUUAUGUAGAUUGGUCCCUAAAAGUGUUAAGGGCGUUAGGCAGAAUCUAUGCCACGAAUAUGUCUGAAAUAACUGUGAGACACAUUAACUUUACUAACGAUUUAGUCACGUUUACUUGGUCCAAUGAUUCUCUUUCUACAAAUCAUUGUCCUAGACACGAAAUUGAAGAGCUGUAUAAGAUGCUAACCGCCAACGAUAGAGGCGAUCCUUCGAGAGAACUAAGUCUGAUAUUAGCACCUAGUUUACGAGUGAAAAAAGUAACAUAUCAUGAAUUGAGUAUUUGUAGACAAUCGCCGCCACCUGUCACACCUAGCACAAACUUCUCGCCCAUCUUAAGGAACCCCGUCGAUAAAGUUAAUGCUACUUUGGGAGAACUUCUGGUGUUUAAAGUCAAAGAUGAUACAUUCUAUGAUCCCGAAGAUGUCGAUCCGUCUAUGCUAAACAUAACCCUACUGUCUUCCGAUCUACAAGCGAUACCCCCGACGAAUUGGCUUCAAUUCGACAGCAAGAAUCGUGAAUUUUACGGAAUUCCAAGGAAAAUCGGCAGGACCGAGUACUGGUUGGUUUGCGUCGACAGCGGCGGCAUGAGCGCCAGAGACGGCCUGGAAGUAAUUGUAAAUCCGGCCGCCAAACGACACUAUAACGUUGAAUUUAGUAUGACGAUUGAUGUGCCUUUCGAUACUUUCUCUUACAACGCCGGCAUGCAGAAGAAGUUUGUAGAAAAACUUAUGGAGCUUUUUGAGGAACCUUCAGCUAACAACUUCCACUUCCUUCCGUUUAAGCAAAAACGCGACCCCUCUUUCGAUUCUACCGUUGUGUUAUGGUUUAAUAAAUCUUUGCCAGUGGAGAAAUGCCCGACUGACGAAAUCAAGCGAUUAGAAUACAUCCUUCACAACAGCGAUCAAAAGAGCAUAUCGAACAGGGUCCACAGAAUAAUGUCGCCCGAUUUCACGAUAUCUACUAUCAAGGUACACCACAUAGGCAACUGUAAAGUGAAACCUCAACUAAUACCGACUGUUGCGCCGACAUUUACCAUUCCCAUGAAAUAUCCUGAGGAAGUUACUCCGCCAUCAGCCCAAAACGAAGUUAUGAUAACGUUUAUCAUACCCGCCAUUAUUAUUGCUAUUAUGUUGUUUAUGGCGGCCUUUGCCGCUUGCGUGCUUUACCGAAGACGAAGGAGGGGCAAAAUGAAUGUAGAAGAGAAUGGAACCUCAUCCUAUGGAAAUAGAGGUAUUCCCGUGAUCUUCCAAGAGGAAUUGGACGAGAAACCGGAAUCUGGCACAAAAACGCCUGUGAUUUUGAAAGACGAAAAACCGCCUCUGGCCCCCCCAGAAUACAGCAAAAGUGGCUCAGUCAAAUUGGAUGAUUCGGAACCAUACCAGCCACCACCACCGUUCACUCGAACCCAAGAGGGCGCUAAGCAGGGCCGACCAAAACCCACCCCUACAUAUAGAAAACCUCCGCCUUAUGUACCACCUUAACAAUUAUAUUUCAGUUUUUACCAACAAUAAUAUUUGUCCUAAAACUGCCAUUGAGUACUUUACUAACUAGUAGUACUUAGUAACGCGUAAGGGUAGUAGGCAGCAUGAAGCGUAACCUCCGCCAAAGUUUUGUGUGGGAGAACAAACCUGAACAUCAUUACAUGACUUUAUACCAAAGAAACGACAUUUCUUUACUCUGCUUUUUAACGUGUUUCGCCACUCGGCGCGUGUUCCAUUGUGCAGGCAAUCCCGAAUAAUAUUAGUUUCCAUUUUAUUAUGGUGUUUUUUAAACUGUGUUCAAAUUUAAACUUGGUUGAGAUGAGACAAACAUGGAACUAUUCAUUCUACUUGUUUAAAAGAAAAGUUUGUUUCCCAGCUGGUGUAUUUGUGGGACACGUAAGAGAACGCGUAAGUUUAUAUUUUACUAAUAAUUGUAAAGUAGUUGUUAAGUAAGGAACAAUUGUAAUUUUAGCAUAUCGGAUCGAUGUAUUUGUGUUUUGAUAUAAUAAGAGUUGCAUUUAACAAUAUAAAACUCUAGGAUAAUGGUCAUGUAAGUAGGCAUUCAUUGUAGUUUUCAGAACAUUACUUACAGGAGGAAAGAAAUCAGUGUUUAUGUACUUAUUGGCAAAUGCAAUUUUAUUCGGGUAUGGCUUACAGUUCAUUUGGUCCUAUAUUAGUAUUAACCAAUUUUUCUCACCAUUUUGUCUUCUUUUUUUUUAAUAGCACAUUACUUUAACUGGUAAUAAUUUAAAGAGUUUAUUCAAAAACUUAGAGAGCUUUUGAACAUUUAUAGAAAGAAGACUUUUUGAUUUUUUUUAUCAUAGAAAUUGGUAAAGCACUUCACAUCGAACCAAAGCUUAGUUUUAUAAUUCAUGUGUGCUUAAAAGUUAUGUAUAAUGCUUUACCAGAAUAGUUGAGCUUAAAAUAAGACAACCUAACCUAACUAAACUUACUUAAUCUAUAUAACCAUGUUAAAACAACAAAUGACGUUUUCUUAAAUAUAUUUAAAUCCCCGUAGGUGAGGAACUCAAGUGAAGAAAAAUAAUUUUCUUUUCUACUUUUUGAGAAUUUGAAAUUUAUUAAGUUGUUGGAUUUCAAAGACAAUCUUAUAUUUUUAGGUUUAUAUUUACAAAGUUAGGGGCAUGAAUCUGACUGGUAAUUUUCUCAAAAUUGAUCAAGUAACUGAAGUAUUAAAGUUUUAAAAGUUAGUUCUUUUGCAAGGUACAUCUGAAAAUAUUUUUAAUUUUUUUGGUUUUGUCUGGUAAACGAUAGAUAAUCAAUAUAAGAUUACAUUUUUCUCAUACUGGAACUCUUUUUCUAAAAGGAUUAUACAGCUUUUAUUUAUAUCAAUCUCAGCUGUAAAAUGGUAAUUACAUACCUGGCCAACUGCAUAGUGUUUGGGAGACUGAUUUCAUUUUGUAGCAUAUCUUCAAUCAUAUCAAAAAUUAUACUGGCAUUACUCAUAGAGUUUUAUGUGUUCAUAACAGACAAGUCAUAAACUUAAACAUCGCGGAAAGUAAUUUUUAUAUUUAGUAGUUUUUAUAUUUGUGAUAAAAUGCGUAUUUAUUUGUAAUUAGUUGGAUAUUUACCAAUAUUUUUUUUAUGACUUAUUAAGCGCAUUAAACAAGAGGCUAUUCUGGUCUAAAAGAUCGUGAUUAAUAUUGGAUCCUUAAAUGAAACGUUUAGGACUGUUUACUUCCAAAAUGUAGAUUUAAAAAAUGUAUCUGAACGUAUCUUCACGUACGGCAGUGUGGUUGUAAGUGAAUACGAUUUUUAAGGUAUUUAGUUCACAUACAUUUAUGACAUAGGCCUUAAGUUUAGUGCAGCUUUUCUUCCUUAUUUUAUGUAUUUAUGUGUUAAACUGAAGGUAAUAAAGUGUAUUUAUUCAAGUGGUUUUCCCUACACAGCGAAAAUAUUUUAAGAAAUUCAAACUCUUUAUAGAAAACAUUUUCUAUCAGCUGCUCUGCAGCAAUUUUUAUGCGAGUAGAUUGAAUUGAUUGGAUUGACAAACUGAUACGUGAUCGAGUUUAUGCAUAUAACUGUUAGAAAAUAUAGUAAUAUAUGUAGUAAAAAUUGAUCCGCUUUCGGCGGCUAUAUUUUUAAAGAGAUGAAAAUGGCCUCCGCGCAUGCUUAUAAAUUUUACCCACUAACCUGCAACUUCGUACCAUUUUCUU